AUGCGCUCUUCAGCCACUCCUCAGAAAUCCUCUAAUACUGUCUCCUCAUCCCUUCUAUCCUCCAUUGACAUUUCCUCUUCUCUGACCAUGUCAGAAAAUUUCCAAAAUUCAUCUUUACUUGGAACUGCAAAUUCUCUGCAGCUCUCUCUUCCUGUGGUAAGCAAUGAGGCUUCCCUAACAGGAAGUGUCCGCAACUUCUCCAGAGUCUCUACUCCAGCUGUUAGCUCGUCAUGGAUACUGCCAUCACCCACUAGCAGCUCAUUCCAGUCACUCAUGGGUAGUGCCUACCUUUACCAACAUUCUAGCACAACUAUGUUGUCUGGGGUUACUGGCCAGAGCCCGGUGUCCAUUUCAACUGCCUCCUAUCCAAGUGUUUUUGAUUGGGAUAUGACAGGAAGCACUGAAAAAUCAUCCUCACAAGGGGACCUCACUGUGACUCUCAUUGACCAGGACAGAACUAUUUCUUCCAUGUCUAUGACAGCCCAUUAUGAUCAAGCUUCAGAUACCAAUACCAUGGUCCCUCUGUACCCAUCACUGUCUGCCAGCCUUGUUCAGGGAACAUCAUCUCAAAUUUCAAAUCAAGAACAUAGCCUGUCACUUCCCUACCAGGAGGGCAGCAAGGUCUAUUACUACAAUCAAAGCACACUGGGACCACUACUGUCUGGAGAACUUAACCCCUGCCUGCAAUCCUAUGGCUCUAUGUCAUACACAGGAAGUAUGUCCUCUGCCUCUCAACCAGAAAUGGUGAUGGUGCUAAAGGAGGUUCAACCUACAGAUGUCCUACCAGUUACCUCCACCCCUAGGAUCUACUACUCUGUGUCUGCUCAACCUAUCACAGAAACAAGUUUUGAAGUGAUGGAAACUUCCCUGGGGAUGGACACUUCCCUGGGAUUGCAAACUCCAGCCCAGACACUUUGUCUGACACAAACGCCAGAAUUCUCCAAGUCCUGCAGAAGGAGAAAUAUCCAGCUAAUUGAGAGUAACCCACCUUCUGACUUUGGGGACAUUUCAAUAAUAGCUUCAGUCCAGAGUCCUUCUGAUUUCUUGGCACUGCCUCCAGCUUCCACCCAGGAACAAAAAGAGAAUAAGAAUUUGGAUGAGACUACAACCAAGCUUUCAAAGUCUCUGGAUGCCUACCAGAUCCCAAUAGAAAACCAAGAUCCUCCACUACUCCCUUUAGAAAUCCCUGAUAUCCACCAGCUUCUGGCCUCCAUUGAUCCUCUCGGCCAAGAGGUGCAGCCUGGUUCUAAAACUGUCAGUCUAGGAAACAGCAGCCUGAGUCUUGAACAUCAAGGCACAAUCGAAAGUGAGAUUGAGUCUGGCAGUAGUUUUUCAGACAUCUCUACGCUGGUGAAAGAUAUUCACCUACCAGAGCUCUUCAAUUCCUUAAAAGAUCUUGACCAAUCCAAAGAUCUCACAGCAAUUAAAGCCAAAGAUAUGAGAGCCAAAAUGGUGAAUCAGUCACAGGAAAAGUCCAGUGUCAUAAAGGGUCCCUCUGAUCAAGUCAGGAAGAACAAGCAUAAAGCUUCUGAGCCUAUCAGUGGUGCUCCCAAGGCCAAAAUCCAGCCAAAGAAUCAAGAGUGCCUAAUAGGGGAAGAAGUGAUUGUUCUCAGUGCUGUAGGCAAGCAUUCUAACAGCAAACCUCAGAAAGUGGCAUCCAGCAGGAGCAGCAACACUAAGGGUCAUGGGCAGGAAAAGACCAAAAGGACCAGAGGAAACAAUUCCAAGAAAGCUGAAGAAGGUAAGCAGUCAGGGAACAAAGUCGAGGCAGAAGAGAAGCCAACAAUUCCCAAGAUGAAGCGGAAGAAAAAUCAACUUGAGCUUAGCCCACAGAAUUUUAAAAAGCCUCGAAGCUGCCUAGGCAUGCACAUGCUGGAGUCUGUGCAGGUUUUCCAUGCACUGGGAAAGAAGAGUGAUAAGAAAACUGGACUCUCUUCCUCCUGGAAGCUGGGAAAUUCAAGCAACAGCAAAGACCCUCGGUUAUCCCAAACUUUUAAACCAUGGCUGGAUACCCAAUGUGAGGGUAAAGGUUCUGAGAAAACUCAAGUCAAAGCCCAGAAAACAGAUGGCAGUGCUGGAAAAGAGUGUCCAUCUCCAUCGCAGUAUGAGCUGCCACCACCUGGGAAGGUCAAGUUGAUACCUUUGUCCUUUCCGACCCUGGACAAACCUCCAGCUCGACCUAUUCCUCGGCGGCCACAUUCUCUGGCUUCACGUAGGCCUGCUUCAGCUAACACUGCCCAGCCUGGUUCUACUAACUCAGCUCAACCUAUUGCAGUCAAUCCAUCCCAACCAGCUCCUGCCAAUGCAUUUUCGACAGGUCCUGUCAGACCAGCUCAGCCUAUUUCAACCAAUGCAGCCAGACCCAGUUUCACCAACCCUACCCAGCCUAGUGAACCUCAGUCUGCUCCUUCUAAGCCUGCACCUUGCAAAACAUCAUCUUGUACUUCCGUCCAGCAAGAGCCUGUUUUCACUGCUGUGACCAAGGCCAAGUCACCGCCCAAGCCUCAAAACCAAUUUCCACUCCAAGACUUCAGCUGCCAACCAAUUCCAUGGAGGAAACCCAAUAUUUCUGGGCCAGUACUAUCAAAGCCUAUCACAAAAGAGCAGAGGCCAGAGCGUGAAGCCAUGAAAAGGAAGGCUCAACAAGAGCGUGAGAAUGCUGCCAAAUACAGCUCUCUGGGGAAAGUGCAGUUUUUCAUUGAGAGGGAAAAAGAGAUGGAAAUUUCACGCUACUAUGGCUACGUAAAAUAA